GAGAGAGAGAGAGCUCGGAUGGUCAGACUCCUUACUACUCACAGAUUCAGUCAGCUUAUACCAGUGGGCGAGGGUGGAGGUAGUGCCCCGAAUCCGAAGCGUCUUGUGGCAGGGAAGACUCACAGGGCAACCAACCAGCCAGCACCUCAGACUCAUCUCCCUCUCGCUAGUGUUUUCCUCCACCUCCUCCUCCUUCGUGGUAGCUGGUUUGACAGUGAAUACAUCCUCCUUCUCCUUCGUCCUCCUCCUCUUCCCUUGGUGCUGGAAAGAAGGGAAAGGAAAGGAAGGGAGGAAAGAAGGAAGAAGGGAAGGUGCAUCAUAGUGGACUCCCUUCAUACUGCCUGAGCGUGUGUGCGUCUCUGUGUACGUCUGUGUGUACGCCGACCUGCACGCACAUCGAGGCCUCAAGACCACACACACACCCGAUGAAAAACGCACACGCCCUUGAGAACCUCCGCACAUCCCUCAAAAUACGUACACACACAUACAUACACAGCUGUGGAUUUGACUUACACGCGUACAUAACGCUCAGAUAACGUAAACAGAACACGAAAAAACGCACAUAGAACCGUGUACAGUUUUAACACACACACACACACACACACACACACACACACACACACACACAAAUGCCCUUGGAAUAAAAAAUAACCGCACACACGCACAUACGCACACUGACAAGUACACACGCACAUAGACAUCCAUUAUAACACACACACACACACACACACACACACACACACACACACACACACACACAAAGGGAGGAUGACAGAACAUGGAUGACAGGAAACACAGCAUCCACAUCAUGACUUCUUCACCCUAGCUCAUCCACAUCCAUAGUUAGCUAAUCAUCCACAUCGUAGCUUGUGGAUGUGCCGUUGCUAAGACUGAAACAUCCAUCCCGCAUCCACCUGCAUUUACACCUUAUCCAUAUUCCUAUCCACACUAAGUUAUCCACAUUCUUAGCUAUUCAUUGUCAUCCAUAUCCUUUUCCUUAGUCUUGUUCAUACACCUUUUUAUACAUACAGAAGGUUCACCCAUACGAGCUCAUCCACAUUAUAAAUAGCAUCUUAGUUCAUCCACAUCCACUCAUCCACUCACCCACUCAUCCACUCUUCUCAUCCAUAUAGUUUACUCUCACCCACUCUUCCUCCUCCUCCUCCUCCUCCUCCUCCAUCCCGUCUUCCUCCACAUCAAACAAGACAUCUUCACCUCCUCCCACCUCCUCCACACACACACACACACACACACACACACACACACACACACAAUGGGCGGCCAAACGAGGGCGUGGGCGGUGCUUGGGUUGUGUAUGGCUGUUUGUUUCUUGGAGUGCGCGGGGGUGAAACGUCAACGCUGGCAGACCGAACUCUCGUUGAAGGAUCAGCUGCUGAACAACUACGAUAUGACCGCCCUGCCGCCCCCCGCCAACGAGCCCACGGUGGUCAGGGUCAGGAUAAAGCUGCUCCACGUCACCAUGGACGAGAAAAAGGAGGCCGUUCUCGCUGACGCCUGGCUCGUCAACGACUGGGACGACCCUCGACUUACCUGGCUGCCGGACACGUACAAUAACAUCACCUCCGUCGACUUCCCUCACAACGCUGUAUGGAAACCUGACCUCGGCAUCUACAACAGUGCUCAGAGCGGCGCCUACCACCAAUUCGGCGAGCGCUUGGUCAACGUCUCGUACACCGGGCGCGUGCUCUUCGUGGCCAGCAUCCAGCUGCACUACUCCUGUGUCGUGGACCUCACCUUCUGGCCCCACGACACACACAACUGCACGCUCAUGCUCGGCUCCUGGCACCACAGCGGGGCCAGCGUCGACCUGCAGAUCAUUGACGACAAGCCCCAGCUGGAGCUCAUGACGAGAGUGAACGAGGACGGAGGCACGCUGACGAGGGGCUGGUGGAGGCUGGUCGAGGGGAACUUGGAGAGGCAGGAGGAUCGCUACGACUGCUGCCCCGAGCCUUACGUGUCUAUCAAGAUGUCCCUCGUGCUCACCAGGGAAGCGCCCGCCUUCCGCUGGACCGUCAAGAUGCCUGUCGUGGCUCUGUGCAUCCUCACCUUCAUCAUGUUCCUGCUGCCGCCGUGUGCCGGGGAGAAGCUCAUCUUCGGGUCCGUCUGCCUCAUCCUGGACGUGCUCUUCAUCGCCUACACGUCCGUCACGGUGGCCCACGCGCCCUCACACACGCCCCUCAUCGUGAAGCUCGUGUGCCAGCAGCUCCUCCUUACCGUGUCCAGCAUCAUCAUCGGCGCCAUCACCACUCGGCUGGCCCGGGACCCGCACUCCUCGCCCCUCUCCCCGUGCCUCACCGCCUUCCUCCACCUGCUGUCUGGGGUCCUCUGUCUUGGGAACUACCGCAGCCUGGUCUUGCCGAUGCCCUGGCAGACCAUGAGGAGCGUGAGCAGACAAUACAGCACAUCGGUGAAGACAGAGGAGCUGGAGCUGGGGGAGAAUGGCCGGGCACAACUCUUCAAUAACUCCAACUCCAACAGCACUGGGAACGGCUCCAACCAUGUGCCCACCUCCUCCGCCUCCUCCUACUCUGGACUCGACUACCUCCUGCUGGCGGCUGUGAUCGACCGCUUGUGUCUGGUCAUCUUUGUGCUGAUCUUCAUCAUCAACAUGCUCACGUACAGCAAAGUCCUGUAAUUUACCGAGUUCCCUUUGUGUAGUGCAAUGGUGUGUCUUUCCUCGCCUCUGUCCGUUGUCCCGUGUAUUCGUGUAUUCUUAGUGUCGCUGUCUGUGUUUGUGUGUCUUUUAUGUUCUCUGUUUUUAUAGGGUUCUCACUAUCGAGUUUGUGUUAUAUAUUGUGUGAAUUGUCGGUUUGUAUUUCUUUUUUAUUAUUAGAUGUAGUGCUAUAAUCUUUCUAUUGGUGAUAAUGUAGCAAGAAAACAAUGAGUGGUUCCUGUGAGAGUUAGGAUAGAGUUUACACGGCUAACUGCAGAUUUCUCUCCUUUAUUUUGCUGUAAGAAAUAACACAAAGGAAGCAGAAUUUACCAAACAGUUGGACCUUCAUGAAUCAUUUCCAUACCAGUGACCCUUAGCACCGCAUAUUCGCUCUUCACACGUCAUUAACUCUUAACUACAUUACAACACCAGAAUUAAUCUUUAACGGCAUAUAUAGUGUAGGAUCCCUCAUUGGUGAUGCAUAUCUACGUCAGUCACUUUUGGGACUACAUUUGCUUAUAUCUUUCCUGCCACAGUCACACUACCAAGCUAACUGACGUAAUUUUUAGAAAGCCAGUUUUGUUUCACGUUGGAGGAUGCUCACAGCUGUUAUUUAAGCAGCAUGCAAUAGUCACCUUCUUCGGACUCAAACACUUGCUCUGAAUAUUAAGUCGCUCCUUGUAUACUGCUCUGCAUGCAUGUGCAGAAACACACACGCGGCUUGUAUAGCUGAGGACACUGGCCACGCACCUGCUCCUGAAUGCAUGUGUGAACCUUCAGCAUACCUUCCACAUCCAAAUCUUAUGUUAUCAGCUUCAGCAUAUUAUCUGCAGCAUGCCACUAUUUUACACUACAUUUCUAAUAUUUUUCCAUAAUACUAAAAUUAGUUCAUUGAGUUCUGCAUAUACAGAUGUGUUGUUUUUAUGAAUGCAAGGGAUAUUAUGAUAUGCUCUGAUUGAUAAGUUUUGCAGAUGAGAUGGACUUAGUUGAGCAGUGUUAGGUAGAGCAGCGGGGAACCAAAUUAACAGAAUAAUUUUGUUGUGUGUUUAGGUGUCUUACAACUUACAAGUGUGUGAUUCCCUCUCCUGUUGGACUCAGGCAGUGGUGGAGCCUGUGAAGGAAGGAGGGCAGAACCUUACCUUACCUUACCAUACCUUCCGAAGCUACUGAACGCAGGCCUUGCUAGUCCUUCAUGUCCAGAUCACUUUCCUUGGAUCCCAGGGAGUACAAGUGAUGGGUUGGGAUGGCAUCUGCGGCCUGACCAGAACAUUGCCAAGGUAUGCCACUUAGAAGGCUGUGCUGCAGUAGUAGUAGUAGCAGUAGUACAGGUGAAGUAGAAGUAUGUACGUCGUGAUAUCAAUAGUAGUGAUAGUAGUAGUAGUAGUAGUAACAGAAGCAACACAGUAGAUCAGUUUAUAAGGUAUUGUUUGAUUGUACAUUAGCAUUGGGUUCCUGUAUACUUUGGUUCUCUUCAUUGAUGCCAGAAUUUUCAGUAUGACAAAAAUGUGAUAGAUUGUGCAUUGGUUUUAGUGAGGCAGUAUCAGUGUGGCCUUUAUGGCAGGACUCAGUAAGGGUCCCUCUGGUAAGACCUUCACUGCAUAUACAUUGUGUGUGGCAGCAGUGGUUCUUAAAGGCACAUAAAUCUAUCCCAGCUGUCAUACUCAUGUUGAAAUAUGAGCCCGUCCGCUAAGCUCACCCGCCAAGCCUGUCGUGGCGUGUGUCAAAUAGUCUUUACGUGGGAUGAAGAAUUAUGUCCCUCUGAGCACACCUUCAAGGCCACAGGAUGCAGAGGGAAUGUGUUUGCUGUGACUGAACCUUAAUUCGUUUGUGGGUCUGUUGGGCAUGAAGAGACAGUGAAAAUUUGUGGGUAAUGAGAGGAAUGUUGAAUUUUGGAGUUUCUUUUCAAAUUUGUUGCCUUGGUGAGCCCUGUGCUGAUGUCAUGGGUCCUAGGGAUGAUAGGAAUGGAGAGUUUUGGAGUCUUGUGAGCCUGUGAGAAUUUGCAUGAUAGGAAUGGAAUGCCGUGGUCCCUUCCUCGUGUUCAGAGAAAUGAUGGUUUAAAUAAUGACUAGUUGUUGACAAGACUUCCAGUACUUUGUUGCUUUGUGUUGCUCAUUGAAAGGAGUCUGAUGGAAGUAGUUAUUAUUAUUAUUAUUAUUAUUAUCAUUAUGUAUUGUGUAUUACCAUUUAUUAUUAUUAUUAUUAUCUUUAUUAGCACUACUACUAUUACUAUUACUACUACUACUACUACUACUACUACUACUACUACUACUACUACUACUACUACCACACCACCACCACCACUACUCCUUCAACCACUGCUACGAACCAAUCUACAUGUGUACCUUUAAUUUGUGUUGUCCUGACGAGUGGCGGAAUGGCCCCAAUAUUACCUUAAUGACCCCUUAAUUAUUACCAUUGACAAACCUCUGUAGUGCGAACCAGAGGCGUGAAAAGGCUUAGUAAUUAGUGAGCACUCCAUCCCCUCCUUAACCUCCUCCCCCAAUUAGCGUUAAUCCGUGGACGUAAUUAAUUUUGUCAUAUGAGGCGUUCGGAGGGCAAGGGCGUAAGGGAACAAGACAUUUUUUUAUAGUUUGCGCUUAAAAAAUCCAGGUUACGUAUCCAGGAAGAUAAAGGUACCAGUUGUAAGGGAAAAUUGACCUUGUAAUUGGUGUUCUGAGGGUUACUUGUCCCCUUUUGUAAUUUAUAUCUUGUUCUUUCCAGCGCUAACUAAAGUAAAAGCCUUUGUCCCCAUGUUCCCUGCUAGACGCCUCAUACCACACCCUCUAAACUUUUGUCAUUGUCGUCUAUGUUAUGAUUUGUUGCUAUCCUCUGACGCAGCUUAGAGGAUGGGAAGGGGGAGAGAGAGAGAGGGUUGGAGGGUGCUUACAUCAUUCGCAGCUUUACUUGAUGUUGGUGAAUGAUAAGAAUGUGUUGCAGCGGCCCUAAUCUGCUGUGGCCUCAAUCAUUCCCUUGUGCAAUGACGAGAGGCUCAACUUUCCCAUGGAGCCCAAUGAUACCUUUUUCCUUGUGUGUGUGUGUGUGUGUGUGUGUGUGUGUGUGUGUUAGCCUACUACGUGUGAUGAUGUUUGGUAUUCUGUUUCUUAUUUCCGUUCCUGAUAAAAAUUUGAGGGUUACGAUUCGUUUUACCUCGUUUCCUACUUAACCAACUGAUACCUCUUUUCACACUGGUUUCUUUACUCUUUUCUGUGGUUCUCCGGGAGGUUUGAAGGUUACUAGAAGACAUAAUGGCACAAGAAGAGCAGUUGGUUAAAUAGGAAACGAGGCAUCGGCAUAUUUAAAAAUUUGAUGCCUGUAAUAACUAUGCUGGACCGCUCAGUGAAUCUCUUUGUGAUGUGUAUGUAAGGUCAGUGUAAAGCGAGUGACAACUGAACGCUGGAAAAAAAAGAGGAAAAAGUAUAAGAGAUGGAAAAAAAAAGAAAUGUAGGUUAUCCAAGACGUUUCUGACCUGCAUUACUCGUAGGAAAGCUGUGUGUGUGUGUGUGUGUGUGUGUCCGGGAACGUGUUAUGACGAGAGGCCAGUUCCGCGCUGCCUCAGUACAUCGCUUCUCUUUCCUUUCUUGUGGCUUUUCAUUUUGACGUCUGGCUCACUCACCUUCAGCGCCUUAUUUCGACUCUUGGCUGAGCUGUGUGCGUCCCUCUCCUUGUGUGUCCGGGAACGUGUUAUGACGAGAGGCCAGUUCCGCGCUGCCUCAGUACAUCGCUUCUCUUUCCUUUCUUGUGGCUUUUCAUUUUGACGUCUGGCCCACUCACCUUCAGCGCCUUAUUUCGACUCUUGGCUGAGCUGUGUUCGUGCUUCUCCUUCCUUUGACGUAUGGCUCCUCGGUGUGGCCUAAGAUAAACCAAAAACAUAUAGCAACAUUACCACAUUCGUCCGUCUCGUUCCGCUCCUCGCGACAAAUGGGUGCUCGGUGUGGCCUAAGACAAACCAAAACAUAUAGCAAUUUGACAAGGCUUUCGUAGGAGUUUUGAGCAUUUCCAGGGCUAGUUUAAUGACCCCUCUGGUAGUUUAACCCAUCUUCUGUACCGUGAACCUAAGAAAACAUAUUUGACAAGGCUUUCGUGGGAGUUUUGAGCAAUCAUAUUCGCCUGUCUCUUUUUUCCCCUCUCUUGACAAAUGGCUGCUUCGUGUAGGUUUAAGAGCCGUAUUAAAAGACACUUUCGCUUCUAACAUCAGGUAUUUCUAAAGGGCAAAGAGUGGGUCAGUCGGGUUCUAAUGAGUGUUUCUUGAGGUUCACGGUACAGAGGAAGGGUCAAACUACCACCAGGGUCAUAAAACUACCCCUGGAAAUGCCCACAACUCCUAUGAAAGCUUUGUCAAAUAGGUGUUCUUAGGAGGCGAAAUGUCUUACAAUACUUGCCAAAAACAGACUAAAACAUAAGACACCUUCCCACAUUCGUUCGUCCCUUUUCUUCUCCUUAUGACAAUGGUUGCUCGGUGUGGCUUAAGACAAACGCAAAACACAUAUAAGAAACAUAACCACAUUCGUUCGUCCCUCUCCUUCCUCUUGACAAAUGGCUGCUUCUUGUAGGCCUAAAACAAAGCAGAACAUAAGCAACCUUCCCACAUUCGUUCGUCCCUUUUCUCCUCCUUCUGACAAUGGGUACUCAGUGUUGCCAAGAUAAGCCCAAAACAUAUAAGAAACAUCACCGUUCCCCUCCUUCCUCUUGACGUAUGGCUGCUCGCUGUGGCCCAAAACAAACCAAAAACACUUAUAAAGAAUCGUUCCCACAUCCAGUACUCUUUAUGGCCUUAUUACUGACGCGUGGCCUCUCCCAGAAUGGCCCAACUUUUGACUUAUGGCCUGCUGGUAUGGCGAUAGGAACCUAGUGCAGCGUUCUUCAUCUUUGUUUUUAUUUGUAUGAUUUCCCUCAACGAUAUAUUUCCUCACAGUGCUUCAGGCCCGUAUGCUCAGACGCUUUCGGGUCACACAACUAUUUCUAAAGGUCACAAAGGAGAUUCUGUUUUUUUAUUUUUUAUUCAUGUUAUUUAUAUUCACGGUGCAGAAAAAACAGCCUUGUCAAACUAUCACUAGGCUCAUAAAACUACCAGAGGGAAAUACUACCACAUCCUCUACGAAAGCCUCUGGUAGUUUGAUCCUUCUUCUGUACCAUGAACCUAAAAAAACACAUAUUUGACAAGGCUUCCGUAGAAGUUUUGAGCAUUUCCAGGGCUAGUUUAAUGACCCCUCCGGUAGUUUAACCCUUCUUCUGUACCAUGAACCUAAGAAAACACACAUUUGACAAUGCUUUCGUAUGUAGGAGUUGUGGCCAUUUCCAGGGCUAGUAUUUUAACCCUUCUUCUGUGCCAUGAACCUAAAAAAACACAUAUUUGACAAUGCUUUCGAAGAUAGGAGUUUUGAACAUUUCCAGGGCUAGUUUAGUGACCCCUCCGGUAGUUUAACCCUUCUUCUGUACCAUGAACCUAAGAAAACACAUAUUUGACAAGGCUUUCGUAGGAGUUUUGAGCAUUUUCAGACCCCUCCGGUAGUUUAACCCUUCUUCUGUACCAUGAACCUAAAAAAACAAUAAUGAGAACACAAGUAAUCUCCUUUUCGGUCUUUAGGAAAUAGUUGAUGUGGGGGAUGGAAGCGUUUGAGAAUAGGUACCUACCGCAAGAUCUAUCCUACCGCAAGACCUUCCCUGGUAUGCGUGAGGAAGAGGCGACCCAGAAACUGAAGAACCUAACCUAGCGUGUCCGCGUCUUCCAGCCUCCGGUCGUGGCUUUGUAUAUACUGACGUAAGCGAUGACGUAAGGAGUUAUGUAAUCCCUGUUUGGGGUGACGAGGCGGGGUAGUGGCGUAGGGGAGGCGCCUGUGUGUGUGUGUGUGUGUGUGUGUGUGUGUUCCUCUCGCUCCCGCUCCCGCUGUCCCCGCCGAAUAUGUGCCCUCUGCUAGUUGCUUUGUGCUCGUCUGCUCGCCUGUUCUCCGCUCUCGUAUUAGCCUGAUGGAUACGCCCCUCCUCCUCCUCCUCCUCCUCCUUCUUCUUCUUCUUUUUCUUCUUCUUCUUCUUCUUCUUCUUCUUCUUCUUGCUCCUCCUCCUCCUCCUCCUCCUUCUUCUUCUUCUUCUUCUUCUUCUUCUUCUUCUUCUUCUUCUUCUUCUUCUUCUUCUUCUUCUUCUUCUUCUUCUUCUUCUUCUUCUUCUUCUUCUUCUUCUUCUUCUUCUUCUUCUUCUUCUUCUUCUUCUUCUUCUUCGUCUUCUUCUUCCUCGUUCUGAUAGCGCAUUAUUGGUUUAAGUGUCGGAUAAAUUCUUCAAACAUUUCUCCCUCCUCAUGUUAUAUCCUUGGUUAACUUUCCUCCUCUCCUCCUCCUCCUCCUCCUCCUCUUCCACUAACACCUCCUCCUCUUCCCCAACUGUCAUCAUCAUCUCCUUAUCUUCCUCCUCUACUGUCAUCUCCUCCUCCUCCUCCUCCAGUUCGACACACACUUUAGCUGAUCGAUGAGACCCUUCCCCCCUCCUCUCUCUCUCUCUCUCUCUCUCUCUCUCUCUCUCUCUCUCUCUCUCUCUCGUUUGUUAUUGCUCAUCAUUGAUCGGGGCGGCGCGUAAUUGGCUGCCCUGGGUGCGAGGGGGCGGAGCUUAUGCGUCAGGCUACGUUGGACAGACUUCAACAGGAGGCUUUGAACUGUCUAAUCUCGCUGCCGCUUUGUACAGACCGAGACCAACACGCCUCGAGAAGGGUGUUUGGCUACUCUAUUAUUACUGUUUGUCUUUUGUUUUCUUAUUCACGUUACCAGAAAAAAAGAGUAAUGGAUUGCUCUUCCUUGUAUUCAUUCCUGUGCACUGAUAUUCCCUGAUCUUUUUAAUAAUAAUCUUAGGUUGUAUAUAGGGAGGUAAGAGAAGUUUUGAGAACGAUGGAGUUUGCCGGAGAAAAAAUGGUUCCGUGCGUGUUGAAAUAUACAACGGAAACUCAAGUGAAUGUAUGAGUGUGGGUCGUAUUCCUGAUAACUGAACUUCAACUGUAUAGGACCUGAGCUUAACCUAGUAAUAUAAAUAAGGACUGUGCGCGUACUACCCUCGUGAGUGAGAGAGCUUGUAUGUAUAUAUUAUUGGAGGAACUUCGGUCGAUAUGUUUGGAGGUGAUGUGUGUGGUGCAUGUCUUUUUGUUGUCCGUAGCCCGGCACCUGAGAUAGAGAAGUAUUGGGAGGGUGAGGCGUCUGUACAUGAAGACUCGAGGGAAUUGUCUGUUUUGAAGACUUUGAAUCACCAUGUCUGUGCUUCGUGGUGAUGCUCUGAUGUCUGUGUCGGGCUGAAGGUGUCUGGGAAGGGUGAGGCGUCUGUGCGUGAAGACUCGAGCGAAUUGUCUGUUCUGAAGACUGGAUUAUCAUGUCUGUGCUUCAAGUCCUAAUAAUGCUCAAAUGUCUGUGUCUCUGUGUCUGGUGCUGAAUGUUGACUCUUGUAUGUGCCUUAGAGGAGCUGUGUUAGUGGGGAAGCCAGUGGUCGGAACAGUGGAUGUCUAGAAUCAGUGUUACUAUUUGUGGAAAUGAUCUGUGGUAAAAAAAAGAUGAAAUAGGUAGGAACAAGAACUAGUAUUGUGAAAAAAAAGAUAAAAUAAGUGAAAACAAGAAUCAGUACUGUGUAAAAAGAUGUAAUAGGUUGGAACAAGAACUAGUAUUGUGAAAAAAGGAUUAAAUAAGUGGGGAUAAGAACUAGUAUUGUGAAAAAAAGGAUUAAAUAAAUGAGAACAAGAACUAGCAUCAUAAUUGUCUUGUGAACAGUGGAUACCAAGAACCAGUGUCGCUACCUGCAGAAACUGUGUAAACGAUCUGUGUCGUGAAAGAAAAACACGUACAGUUAGUGGAAACAAGAACUAUUUUUUUUAGUAGUAUCGUAUUUGUGUUGUGAAAGAAGGUGUGGUCCAUGCCGUAGACUGCUGUAUCCUGUGAUUUUAUUGAAGACAUUUCGUGAACGGUCAUGGAUAGAGCAUUGACAUGUAAAGAAGAAGAAAAAUAAAAAGAAGAAAAAUAGAAAGUACCUAGUGAACUGGAUUAAAGAGGAGUGACAUGUAAAGAAAGAAGAAAAGAAAAGAGAAGAAAAAUAGAAAGUACGUAGUGAACUGGAUUAAGGAACAGUGCCAUGUAAAGAAAGAAGAAAUAGAAGAUAAAAAAAACCUACCUAGUGAAUUGGAUUAAGGAGCAGUGCCAUAUAAAGAAAGAAGAAGAAGAAGAAGAAAAAUAGAACCUACCUGGUGAACCGGAUGGCUGUCGAUGCAACACCUAGGGUGAAACGCGAAGAACCAGCGGCGAAGGAACUCAUACUUGCUUGCAGUGCUUCAGCGUCCCUAUUGCCGGAGACCUGAAACACGGAGUAAACAAAGUGACUGGUCUUCCCUGUGAUUGGUGUUGACGCUUUCGUGUUGUCAUCCAGCGUUGUGACUUGAGGAAAGAAAGAGAGAGAGAGAGAGAAAGAUUGAGGCGGUGUCGUGGAAAUCGUAUAAUUGGCUUUGUGGUGAGCUCAAGAAUCUUUUAAGGAUGUAGAGAGAUUUAUGGUGAGCUCAAGAAUUUAUGAAAGAAAGUGAAGAGAGUUAUAGUGAGCUCAAGAAUUUAUGAAAGAAAGUGAAAAAAGUUAUGGUGAGCUUAAGAAUUUAUGAAAGAAAGUGAAAAGAGAGUUAUGGUAAGCAAAAAAAUAUAUAUGAAAGGAAGUGAAAAGAGAGUUAUGGUGAGCUCAAGAAUUUAUGAAAGAAAGUGUGAAGAGAGUUAUGGUGAGCUAAAAGAUAUAUGAAAGGAAGGGAAAAGAGAGAGUUACAGUGUUACAUGUUUCUUCAGGGAUGUGGAAAGACAGAGUUAUAAUGUUACGAAAUGUAAUGUGUAAUGUGAAGGCAAUUUUGGUGUUACAGAAUUAUAAAAGAACGUGAAGGAGAAAGAUUUAGUGUUACAUAAUUGUAUAAAAGAGGUAGAUAGAGAGUUACAGUGUUACAUAAUUGUUAAAAGGACAUAGAAAAAGAGUUCAAGAGUUACAAAAUCAUGAAAGGUCGUGAAGAGAGAGAGAGAGAGAGAGAGAGAGAGAGAGAGAGAGAGAGAGAGAGAGAGAGAGAGAGAGAGAGAGAGAGAGAGAGAGAGAGAGAGAGAGAGAGAGUUCUAUCGUUACAAAAUUAUAAAAGGACGCGAAGAGAGAGAGAGAAUUCUAAUGUUACAAAAUCGAGUGUUGUGAUUAGAAGGUUGCCCCGAAUUGUGAUUGGUGCAAAAUGCCAGUAUAUCCGUGCUUCUGCUGCUGCUGAUGAUGAUGGUGAUGGUGUAUAGAGGCAGCGGGAAGAAAACCACCACCACCAUCAUCAGCAGCAGCAGUAGCCGGUCGUUACAAUACAGAGCGUAAGUGAGCCCCAGUAUGUAGAGGGAUGUUAUUCUGCACUACUAAUCAAAAGUAACAAUAAAACCCAGAUACACCUUC